AGCAAAGCAGCGUCAGCUCGGCGCUAGGAAUAGCGAGAUCAAAGCAAGUAAAAGGUGGACUGACUACACAACAACAGUACGAAUCGGAUCAACCAUUACCAAAACACAGUCGCCAUGCGGCUCCUUAUGGUCAUUUCGACAGCUGUGCUGCUGCACCACGGUCGGGCGCAGAACUUCUACCUGAGCGAGAGUGGCCCACCAGGGUAUCCUGGUCCUGGGAAUGCCCCUUACAACUCACACUUCGGCGGACCUGCGCCGACAACCAAACCGUCCCGGCCAUCUUUUUUCCGAAAUCCGCUUGCCGCCGCUAGCAAUUUGCACAAGACUGUGAUUGCUGGUAUACGUGCACCUGCCUUCCUUAGCAACCUGUUGCCCUCAGCCAGUGCGCCACGUCCUAGCAUUUUCUCGUUUGCUAAGCCUCCGCGUGGAUUUUCUGGCGCUAAUUCUCACCCUGGACCUUCGGCGCCCGUACCUUCGUUCGCGUCCUCUUACGCACCAGAUGCCGCUGCGAACAGUAACUUCAAUAGCUUUUUCGGCCGACCUGGAAGUUCAUCGCCGGGUGGAUCCCCAGGAUCUUCAUCAUUCUUCGCCCCUUCGAGCCCCGGACCCUCGCCUUCACCGUACGCUGGCCUACCUUCUAAUGUUAUUUCGGCUUUGCAGAACAGUCAGUUUGACCCGUCUACGUUAGCAGGCGACCAACAGGAGGCUGCCACCAAUGUCCACGAGAUCAGCGGCUCACCUUACGAUCGUUCCCCUCCCCGAAUUCGGCCGGGUUUUAGUUCAGCAACAGAUGAUUCCGACAUCUCAGCCAGCGCUGUUGUACCAUCUUUGGCUGGGACAGGUUCCGGAACGUUCGAUCCUUCAUCCUAUGCACCCCAAGGUGUCUCCGGUUUAAGCAGUCUCCAGGGCUCGUCUGGAGCUGCCGCUGCGGUUGCGCAGACCCUCCUGUCUCAACAGGCCUCCGUCGGCUCAUCGGCUGCCCCGUCGAGCAUUGCUGGCUACGAUAUUGGAGUUCCAGUUCAACUAGGUUUCCAAAGUCACACCGCUGACCAGACCUCAUCUGCAGGUCAACAGGUCAGCAGCAUUGGCCCAGCAUACCAAAUCGACACCUCAUCCCUUCAAUACCCGUCGUCCUACCAGCAGCCGGUAAGUCAAGGCCAGACAGGCCAAAACGCCUACUCAGGGCUAGCAACCGGAUACGGUGCAGUUGACACCACCAAACAGCAAAGUAGCUAUGGUCAGGGUCAAUCGUUCGUCGUUGGAUCGUCCCUUUCUUACGACGGUAAAAGCGGACCCACUUCUUAUGCUAACUCGGCCAAGCCAGCUGACUACAGCGCUCAAGGUGGCUACACUGGUUAUUCUACUAGCGGACAAGCCGGUAGCAACGAAGCCUUGGUUCAAGCGCUAAAGGCAUACGCUAAUGGCAAUGUUAAGUACGUCCCUGGUAAACCAGCCGUACCUAUUAAUCAUCAACUACAGCAAUCUGCUGGCCAUUCAGCUUCGACAAGCUAUUCGACCUCUUCGUCGAGCUCGUCUAGCUUAUAUGCUCCACCAAUCUCGGCGAAGAGUAGUAAGUACUCUUCGUCUUCUAGCUCGACUUCGUAUUCGCCGCCUGUUAAAUCAGCGGUAUCAUAUUCAAAUCCUGUGAAGUCGAGCUCAAUUCGUUACUCGUCCAACAGCGGCGGCCUCUCGUAUGCUGAGAGUGCUCCUCAGGCGAAAUACCCUCAAAAAUCUCAUUUCGAGUCUACAAGAACAGUUGGAUCGUCACUGAAGUUUGGUGACAAUUCAUCAGCUGUUUCAUCUUCAUCAUCGGCAUCGUCUUCUUCAGCAGCGGCAGCGGCUGCCAAAAAGAAGUCGAGCUAGACAGCGACCCAGCUUGUCUAGACAGAUUCUAAGUUUCUACCCUCGAGAAUUUUUAUGUUUAAUUAACCUAACUACAGUUACAUUCAAUACAUCUGAUCUACCAUUAAGGUUUCUUUACCAAACAAACUGCUACUCUAGCAAAGCGUUACUUGCAUUCAAUUGACAUCUUUACGAUUUCCUAGAAAGUUUUAGUUUUGGAAAGAGAACACUUACUUGGCGGCUAUGCUCAUUCUUUGUUUGCUUCCGUUUUCGCAUUCAAGUAACUAAUUUAACUUUUGCUAAUAGUUCUCGUUUAAGUUUCCUUGCUAUGCUAUGCUAUGCCUCUGCUCUAUUUUCUUUUUCAAAGAAUUCCUGAGAAUUCAUCUGGAUGUUUAAACUUCUGCUGGCUUCUCUACAAUCACAUCUACAUAAUUGGAGUUUCAUAUCCAGUUUUCAUUCAUUCGCUACGCCAAGCUUCUUAGAUGCUCCUAUUCGUGGUUCAGUUAUCCCAACAACAAGCUCACAUUAAAACAUGUGCUUCAUGUAUUUCAACGGUAGUCGUAAUACGAAAACGAACUAGUUUUAUUCUUUACUAUACGCGCGUUCUCAUGAUUUAUUUCUAUCCCUUAAGUGAAUUGCAGUCGUGAGCCAUCGUGAAUCUGCCUUUUCUUUCGAUUUGUUAUAUGAACUCGUUUUUGAAAUCCCUAGAUAAUAGGCAAACCCUCUUUGACCUUCAUACUAUUUAAUCUUCCACUUCUUUCCUUUUAGCUAGACGGCUUUAUCACGUGCGGCCGCCAAACGUGCCGUGCCUAACGCUGGCGUUCGCCUAAGCGAUUUUUCUCUUGAGUGUACAGUUGUUGCCGAUAGUCUCGUGUGAUGACAGCGCCGUCCGCCGCUCCCCGUUGAAUUUUUUUCUUGCGACACCAUUUUUGCCAUCGCCAAGCACAAACGACAAGCUGUUUUCGUGGUCAUUCGCGGUGUUUCGUCGUUUUAACGUUACAUCGCCUUGCUUCCUUCCCUUUCUCUGUUUUUCGUUACUUUAAUUAAAUGGCGUCCAGACGCUUUAGGUGCAUCGCCUGUAAGGGACGGUGUCUCGCCCAUUGCUUCAAACGGCUGCCUCAUAUUUACCUUGGAAUCGUCAAGCACUGCUCUAUUUUUUCGUUUUAGACUUUAUCGUCCUUCACCACUGUAUGGAGCUCGAGCUCUCCUAAACCUUGUUCCAUUCAGCGAUCAUACAGCGACUACUAUAACUUACCUGAGUGUACCCUUCUCGCCAACUCCUCUAUCCCUUGGUUUCUAUUCCCUGACCGGUCUGUCUUUUCUAGCCCAAUUAUUGCCUUACAGUCGACGCUGAAUGUGUGGCGCCGCUCGGCGGUCGGCCAGUUCAAAUUCGUCGUCUUCCUUCUCCUGAAUCUAACCAACCGCUAUUCUCUCACGUUCACGUCUGGCGAAUUCAGGCAAUCUCGGAUUGCUCUGGUCGCUGACCAUUGCCAGCGGACGAGAACCCGCUCAACCGAUGGCGGCCGGUAUCGGGCUGUCCGCUCUAGCUAUAUGUAUUGUAAAUAAUUUAUUAUUACCUCGAAAAUGAUAAUCAUAAAGCACGUGAAAGCAAAAGCAAUGCGGACAAACAGGUGAACGAUGAUGGUUCGGUUGUACGUGGAAACACCGAUCGAUAUGUAAUGGUAUCAUCGCGCUCGACAAACAGUAAUUAGAGUGAUAAUAAUGGUAAGAGGAAAAGAAUUAUGACAGCGCUGACAAUCAGAAUCCUACUACUGAUGUUCUAGCAGAUAUUGAUAAGGACAAGUUGGAUGAGAAAAAAAAAAACCAAGACGAAGCAAAAUGACGAACAGAAACAGAAGA